GCCUGACACACACACACUUCAUGAGCGCGUGCCUCUCUUCUCCACACUUUCUCAUUUGUCUUAUCAGGCUUUCAGACGCCUUGUUUUCUGUGAUGCUCCAGUGACCUCUUCUCCAGGUGUGGCAGCUUUCAUCUGACGGGCUGAUGGCCAGAACACAAGAGGUGUCAUUCCACAGAGAGGCAUCAUGGGACAUACAGCCGUUGAUCUGAGAGGAAUACAGAACACACGCUUUGUUACCAGCGUGACUCAAGACUUAAGAUGGUUUCACGUGAUCUUCUCAGAUCUUCAUCAUGCGUGUUCACGUUGCAGAAGCUCAUCUUUGAGUUCAGGCUUCAGAUUUCUGCGGUGCAAACAUACGGCGUGUUGAGAAGACUUGAGAAAAUCUGAACGGCAGCCGCUGACCUUCACAUGAACAUCAGCACUGAUGAAGGUGUUUCAGAAGAUGAAAUUGACAUUUGAUAACCUCAUUAGAUAAGAGGAUGAAACGAGGAUCAAGCUGUGUGUGUGUGUGUGUGUGUGUGUGUGUGUUCGGCAUUGUUUGAUGUGAAUUGUUGUCACCAGUCAGACAGAUAACAGAAUUCUGCACAUACCUGAAGACUGAAGGCAGCGUAUAAAAGACAGAGAGUGGCUGACAGGAGUGUACAGAUGGAUUCAAUGUCUCUGGUGUCUGUCUUCCGUUUGAUUGUGUCUUUAUUUAUGAUCAUGUGUCUACCGUCGUCAGCCACGUCUCAUUUUCAUUCCCAGAAUGCCACAGUGUAUUUGGGAUCUGAGUUUGUCAAGGAAGCUUUACAGCGAGCUAAAGAGCUGACAGACACCGCGUACGCUCACACCACUGACAGGGUGAAGACGUCUCUGUCCGAUGCUUCUGUCCGACCCAAUGACCUGCUGGCUCUGUUUAAACAGACCGGCCCCCAAACCAGAAGCCACAUCAGAUCCGCUGAGUUUCUGGACAACACGGUGGAACUGAUCCGAGAGAUGGUGUACACACACACACACACCAUGGACAAACCUCAGCUCAACGAGCUUUUGAGCGCAGAAGACACAGAGAUCAUCCAGCAGAUGACCGGUUGUUCUUCAGAGACAAUCAGACCCGUGUGCACAUCUGACUGUCUGUCCAAACGAUACCGGACCAUCACAGGACACUGCAACAACAGAGAGAAUCCUCUGUGGGGGGCAGCAAACACGCCGUACACUCGCUGGCUCUCGCCGGAGUACGAGGACCCUCGGGGAACGCCGCGGGGGUGGGACCCCCAACACACCUACAAUAACUUCACCCUGCCACCCGUGCGCAGUGUGUCACAGGAAGUGUUGUACACUCAUAACGAGAACAUCUCAUUGGACACGUCUCUGUCUCAUCUGCUGGUGGAGUGGGGUCAGUGGAUCGAUCAUGACCUGACGUUAACUCCUCAGAGUUCCAGCACCGCAGCGUUUAAGAGCGGAGCGGACUGUACUCGCACCUGCAGCCGCCACACGCCCUGCUUCCCCAUACACAUCCUGCCCUCGGACCCCCGUGCAGGCCGCCAGAGCUGCAUGCCGUUUUUCCGCUCCGCUCCCAGCUGCACAGUCCCGUCGGGUCACCGGGAGCAACUGAACGCCAUCACUGCGUUUGUGGACGCCAGCAUGGUGUACGGGAGCUCGGAGGUGCUGGCCGUCGCCCUGCGGAACCUCUCGUCUCCUGACGGCCUGCUCGCUGUCAACCAGCUUCACUCAGACCGGGGUCUGGGCUUCAUGCCCUACCUGACCCGCACGCAGCCUCACCUAGACCCCUGCGGCCCGCGAGAGCUGCUCGACCCCAGCCUGCCACCCGAGACCAGCAGACUCUACACCAGCAUGAGGAAUAAAUCCUUCUGUUUCCAAGCAGGUGACUCUCGGGCCAAUGAACACUUGGGUAUGAUCGCUCUACACACGCUGUUUCUGAGAGAACACAACCGAUUGGCCGCGGAGCUUCGCCAGCUCAACCCUCACUGGGGUCCAGACACGCUGUACCAGGAAGCCAGAAAAAUACUGGGUGCCAUCCACCAGGUUCUGACGUGGGAUCAUUACCUGCCGCACAUCCUGGGCCGCAGCGCUCACCUGUCCCUCGCGUCCACGUACAAGGGUUACGACCCCACCGCGGACCCCAGCAUCUCUAACGUCUUCUCCACCGCUGCCUUCCGCUUCGCACACGUCACCGUGCAUCCACUCGUUAACCGCUUCGGAGCCGAGUACCGCUGGAGCCCUGAGCACCCGGCUCUGCCGUUACAUCAUUCUCUGUUUGCGUCCUGGAGGCUGGUGCAUGAGGGUGGUGUGGAUCCUGUGCUGCGCGGCUUGCUGCUGUCCUCGGCCAAACUGCAGACGGCAGAUCAGAUGAUGAUUGAGGAACUGACCGAGAGGCUCUUCCAGGCUCAGGGGGGUCUACCGCUCGACCUGGCGGCAUUAAAUCUACAGAGGGGUCGAGAUCAUGGACUACAAGGAUACAGCGCGUGGCGGCGACUCUGCGGUCUCUCCGUCCCUCUUAACGAAUCUGAUUUAGCAGGGAUUGUGGGUAAUGAGGUUCUGGCCAAGAAGCUGCUGCGUCUGUAUGGAACAGCCCGGAACAUGGACGUGUGGGUGGGAGGCAUCUCGGAGACCGCUGUGGCGGGGGGCCGGGUGGGGCCGCUGCUCACCUGCCUCAUCGCCAAACAGUUCACGGCUCUUCGAGACGGAGACCGGUUCUGGUGGCAGAACGACGGUGUGUUCAGCAAAUCUCAGAGAAAGGCUCUUCAAAGCGUCUCUCUGUCUGCCAUCAUCUGUGACAACACUCACAUUGGGCUGGUGCCCUCGGACCCUUUCUCCCGCACGCUCCAACCCGACGGCCUGCUGCCCUGCACGGAUGCCCGUGUCCGCCGCAUGAACCUGUCGGCAUGGAGAGAGGCAGACGCAGACUCGGUCUGCGGCUGGAUUCCACGGCUGCGUGUGGGUCAUUCAGUGUUGUGUGACUCAACAGUCAUCUAUCAGUGUCCCGCCGGAUACCGGCUGCACGGAGCCUCUCACAUCACCUGUGACCCCGACACACACCAGUGGAGCCCUCCACCGCCCGCCUGUCUGGACGUGGAUGAGUGUUCGAUGGAUUCAUGGGUUUGUCCUCCACACCUGCAGUGCUUCAACACACCUGGAUCUUACAGCUGCGCAGCUCCGCCCCUCUCUGCCUCCUCUAUCGUGGCGUCGGUGAUGUCAGUUCUGGUGGGCGUGGCUUUGAUAGCGCUCAUCCUCAUCUGCUACCACAGGUUUUUCCUGUACAAGCCCACAGAGAGUGAUGGCUGUCAGAGAAGACGCUGAAAUGACAUCAAGCUGGUUUGGGAAACGUCUCGCAUGAAAUGCUUAAAUAUUGUAUAGAGUAUAUUGUAUUUCAACAGUGUUUUCUAUAUAGUAAUGGUGUGUUGUGCAUGCUUCCUUUUAGAUGACAUCACAAAAAACACAAAACUAUUUUCUGUGAUCACAUGUGUUGCACUCAUGUGUUAAAUAGCUGACAGCUCAAACUGAAGUUUUUUAUGACGUUCUGCUUGAUGUUCCUUUCAGCCAAUAGAAUGUAAGCGUGAGCAGUGUCAUCAUACAGACAGAAAUGUUCCACGUUAAAUUCUCUAA